AAUGUCAUUUUCAUUCAUCUGCCAUUUCAUAGCACAGAGAGAAAACUUGGUUUUUAAUAAAAUAAAAUUUUACUAAAAAUUCCGUGUUAAAUCCCUGCGAGGAUGUCACAUGUAAUGGAUAUAAAACAUCUAUUCACUAGGCUAUUUUCUAUAAAAAAUGUGGUCAAUACAAAUCGAUGGCCUGCAAGAAGCUAUAGUCAGGAUAUUGAAAUAUCCCCACCAGCGGUGAACCGAGGCAAUGUAACGCCGUUGCCACCGCUGUCAGAACCCAUGACAACUCUUCCGCCAGUGGUUUACUCCACAGCCAAAACAGAUGAUGCUACCACUGAAGUUACAGUACUUAGCAAUGGCCUCCGUGUUGCAUCAGAAAAAAAGUUUGGACAAUUCUGCACUGCUGGUGUGGUCAUUGACUCUGGUCCGCGGUAUGAAGUUGCUUAUCCUAAUGGUAUUUGCCAUUUUCUUGAAAAGCUGAGCUUUGGAGCCACACAUAAGUACGCCACCCGUGACGUCAUGCACAGAGAGCUUGAGAGACAUGGAGGCAUCUGCGACUGUCAAGGCUCUAGAGAUACAACUGUCUAUGCCACCAGUGCUGACUCCAGAGGUUUGGAUGCUGUUACUCAGGUCCUAGCAGAAGUGACUUUGAGACCACAGCUGUCUAAUGAUGAAAUAGAAGCAGCCAGACAGGCUGUUGCAUUUGAGCUGGAGACAUUGUCCAUGAGGCCUGAACAGGAGACUAUUUUGAUGGAUAUGAUUCAUAUGGCUGCCUACAAAGGAAACACUCUUGGACUUCCCAAAAUCUGCCCCAAUGAAAAUGUCAAUAAAAUAGACAGAGAUAUUAUUCUGAACUACCUCAAAAAUCACUACACACCUGAUAGAAUGGUGGUCGCUGCUGUUGGAGUUGAACAUCAACCAUUUGUGGAGUAUGUGCAGAAAUACUUUGUGGAUAUGAAACCUACUUGGCAUGUUGAUCAAAUUGAAUCCUUCAAGCCUAAUGUUGACAAAUCAAUUGCACAAUACACUGGAGGAAUGGAACAGGAAGAUUGUGAAAUCCCACUUUAUCCAGGCUCUGAUCUCCCUGAACUGUCCCAUGUUGUUAUUGGUUUAGAAAGUUGUUCUCACAGUGAUCCUGACUUUGUUGCCACGUGUGUAUUGAACAUGAUGAUGGGAGGCGGUGGCUCGUUCUCAGCUGGGGGACCCGGCAAGGGAAUGUACACAAGACUGUACACAAAUGUUCUGAACAGAUAUCACUGGAUGUUCAACGCCACAGCCUACAAUCACGCCUAUGGCGAUACAGGACUGUUCUGCAUACACGCCGCCUCACCUCCUAACCGCAUUUACGAUACUACACUAGUCAUCGCAAGGGAACUCGCUAACAUGGCUGGCAAAGUUGGCGAAACCGAAUUACGGAGAGCAAAGACUCAGUUGCAGUCAAUGCUAUUGAUGAAUCUAGAAGCAAGACCAGUCGUGUUUGAAGAUGUUGGCCGUCAAGUACUUGCGACUGGCAAGCGGAAGCCACCUUCAUUCUUCAUUAAUGAGAUUGAAAAAAUCACAGCCGAUGAUGUAAUCCGCGUCGCCCAAAGAAUGUUAAGCUCAAAGCCAGCAGUAGCCGCUCGUGGUAAACUCGCUAGCCUUCCCGUCUUCGAAGAAAUCCAAGCAAAUAUAACAAACAGUAAAAGUGAGACAUCAACACAGGGACGAAAACUGAAUUUGUUUCGCGCUUAGAUAAACUAGGACCCCCUCCGGAAUUAUACUGUACUGUAGUCUUAAAUUGUUAAAAUUAAUGCUAAUAAAGUUAUUCAUAAUUUUAUUUUAA